UCCCAUCUCAUGCAGCUCAACAUUGAAGGGAAAGACUUGGAUCCAAAAAGUGCAUUAGGAAUGGAAGAUGUACAGACUUUAGCAUCAGCAAAAUCAGAUUUAGAUGUGACAUCAACAGAAAAUCAAAAAACCCACAGUGAUAGUACAACUAAUUUGUCAUGGCAUUUUCCACAGAAGGAAGAGACUGAUGAUUUAACUGGAAGUGCACAUCUACAAGGACAAACUAUGGCAAUUGGACAAAUGAAAGAACUGGUGGCUGAAGCGACGUUGGAAGAGGAAGAAAGUGAGGCUGGCAGCGACAGCAGCCAGGUUUCUAGUGUUUCUGAGAUUUAUGGACUAAAGAAGAUUUGGGGUUAUUUACAGAGGACACCAGACCAACAAACACAAGCUAUGGCAAUUGGAGAAAUGGAUGCAGAAAUUAAAGAAGUUGCAUCAAGAGAUGAGCAAAGUAAAUAUGAAAGCAGUGCAAGUGAUUACUCAUGGACCACCUCAGAUCCUCUACCACAAAAAGUAGAUAUUAUUCACUUAGAUAGAAGCAGAGAUCAGAGAAGAGAAAAUACAGUCAGAGAAGAACUGAAAGGCAAUGAAGUAACAUCCAUAGAAAAGUACAGAAGGCUUGAUAGCAGUGAAAGUAUAGAAUCACUGGUGGCUCUUCUAUCUAGUGAGUGGCCAAGGAGCAAGGAUGAGACAAAUAUCCUCAGUCAUCUUAAUACUCGGAACAUACAGCCUACGACUGAGUCUCCUCUGCAGAGGCAAGAUGUGGGUCAUUUACCAGAGACUGACGAUCCAAGAAGAGAAACUACUGGAACUGGUGAAAUGAAAGUAUUUUUAGACUUCUCAAAGGAAGACCCUUCUCAACCCAAGCCUACCAUUAAAAAGAAAAGUUCAUUUCUUAACAGAGCAGUGGCAAAGAGGCAUGAAAGGUCAUGGAAGUCAGACCCAGACAAAGAAAUGACAUCAAUAGAAGAGCAAAGAAGUCAUAUGAUUGGUGAAAGGGUUGAGUCACUGCAGUGUGCCACUGAUUGUACUGAGCAAAAGGAAGAUGUGAGCCAUUCAGCUGGGGCUGGAGAUCAAGGAAGAGAAAGUAUGACAAGAUAUACAAUGAGAGUAGCUCUAUGCAGAGAGGUGUCAACCACAGAAGAACAAAGCAGACAAGACACCCAGGAAAGUGUUCAGUCAUCGGUUAUUCUUUAG